AUCCUAACUUUCCGGAAGUUUGUAAGUUUCAGUUUCAAUUAAUUUAAAAGGAAAAUUACAAAAAAAGAUUAUAAUACAAAAGUAGGAAGUCUAAAGUAUGAUGUAUAGAACUAGCGAAUAGCGAUAAUAACGACUAAAGUACUGAUUAUCUUAAAUAUGACAAAACUAAGUGCGGCCAUAAAUUCAAAAUUAUCAAGCUCUGUGAUAGAACAAUUAGAACGUCAACACAUUUGUACUAUUAUACAAUUUGUAGAUGAAGAUCCUGAAAGAUUGGCACAUUUUACAGGAUUAUCGUUCAAGGACAUAAUUGAAAUUAAGCAAAAUAUUUUAAAAAGGUUUGGAGGUAUGAUUAGAAAUGCACUUGAUUUAUUUGAAAUGGAACAGAAUGAUAUAAUUCCUACUAAUUUAUCAAGUUUAGACAAUCUAUUAAAGGGUGGUUUGUAUUAUGGUCAAAUCUAUGAAAUAUGUGGCGUAUCUUCAAGUGGCAAAACACAAUUAUGCUUUGCAAUUGCAACUAACAUUGCAUUGAAGACUAAUAAUAUUGUACGGUACAUUGAUACAAAAAGGGAUUUUUGUGGUUCAAGAAUAGAACAAAUUUUAUUAAAACAGGAUUUUAGUAAGCAGGUUAUAGAUGAAACUAUGGAACGUAUCAAAGUAUGCUGUGUAUACAGUAUACAUCAGUUGUUUAAAGUUUUAUGCUUGUUAACAGUUAGUUUGAAAGAAGAAGGUGGAGAGUGUCGUACUAGGAUUAUAAUCAUUGAUUCUUUACCAGGGAUAAUUUUUAAAUUUUGUAAAGAUAAAAAAAUAACAGUUGCUUUAAAUCAGCUAGCAAAUAUGUGUCACUAUAUUGCAAAAGAAUUUCGUUUGUCAAUUAUUAUUGUUAAUUUGAUUACUCAGUGGGAUGUUGUCAGUGAAGAAGGACCUAGCACAAGUUCAAAUGAAAAUUAUAGUGUAACUCCUACUUUAGGAAAAUAUUGGUUACAUAUUCCUAAUACAAGACUGUUAUUGGAAAAAAUUGAACUUAGAAAGAGAAAAAUUUCAAUUUGGAACAGUUGCCAAUUGGAAGCAAACCUUACAUGCACGUUAACUAUAAAUGAUUCUGGUAUUUCAUGUCCAUAAAUACAUCAUGUACA